CCAGCCACAUCAGAAAGCGAGAAUGGUAAAGCGAGAGUGACACUCAUUCUGAUCAUCUCCUCUUCGGUGUUGGUAGGACUUAUCAGCUACUUAUCAGUUUCCUGGAAGUUCCUAACAUCUCCUGUUACUAUACUAAAGCCUUCUGACACCCCUUUGCUAGUUACUGCCUUGCUGGUGGUUCAUCCAUCGACAUAGCAAUGGCGUGCUCAUCACUGGCUGCGGCGUCCAGCGGGCUUUCUUUCGCGUCUCCAGCAGUCACUGGCUUAGUCUCCCCCAGCAUUGCGAGAGGAGAGGUUCUAAGGUCCUCUCCGCCACAUGCGGUGCGCGUGGCUCCGCGAGGAGCGGCGCUUGUGGUGGCAGCGGUGGCGACGUCAGCGCCAGUGGCGGGAGGAGCAGAUCAGCAGCAGCAGCGGCGGCAGCUAGAGGCGCUACCGCUGUCGCAACUGCGCGCCAUGGCUCGCGCUCGGGGCGUUUCCGGGGGCGGCUCCAAGGCGGAUCUCGUUUCAGAUCUGCUCCGCGCCACUGAGCGGAGCGCGUCUUCCGCUCCACAGCCCGCCUCCGCCGCUUCCGCGCAGCCCACCAGCGCCCCUCAAGCGGCGGUAGUGCCGGCGGCAGCGCCGGCGGCGGAAGCGCAGGGCCUGGAGAAGCGGCUGCAGGCGACGCCCUUGGCUGCUCUUCGCGCCAUGGCGCGGCAAAAAGGGGUCCAGGGGAACACCAAGGAGGAGCUCGUUGCCGCACUCAUUGCCGCAACACCCUCUCUCCCCUCUUCAGCGCCCACCCGCUCUGCUUCCACCUCCUCGCCCUCCGCCUAUUCGUCCGCGUCCGCUCCCGCUCCCUCCAAUGGCUCCGCUGCAGUCUUCGCUCCUGCCCGCGCGGCUGCUGCUGCCGCCAAGCCCAACCCGGCGACGCUCGUUGCUGAGGCCCCUGUCCCCGCGCCACUGAACAUUCCGUUCCAGUCCGAAUUCAGCACACCACUGACACCAGUGCAGGCGGCUCAGCUGCAGGUGGAGCUGGCGUCGCUGCGGGAGGCGAUGGCAGCGCUACAGGCGGACCAGAAGGUGAUAGCGGCCGACCGGGAGGGGCUCAGAGAGCAGGCGGGCUUCCUGCGCAACCUGCUCAUAGGGGGCAUUGGCCUCGCUGCCGUGCCGUUGCUGCUGCCGGCUCAGAUUGCCACCACUGCUGCCACUGGGGGAGCUGUUGCAGGUGCAUCCGCUGGGGGUGUGGCUCAGACCCCUCCACCGCCUCAGGAGCCUGCUCCUGAGGUACGUCAGCUGUCCCCGGAGGACUUCUGCUCUACUCUGCCUGCAAACCUGCUCUCGCCCCAAGCUGCCCGGUUCUGUUCUGCUGUCAACCAAAUGGGGCUGUGAGCAACUAUGGCUGCCCAUCUCUAUGGCUGCCCUGCCCUGGAUCUGCUAGUGCCGUUAUUGCUCAUUUUGGCUGCCUGGAUGAGUGUUGGGAGUGUGCUUCGUGAGGCAGUUCCCAUGCCAAGUGUAGGAGAUGUGUUGAAUCAAUAUGCAUUUAUGAGUACAUUGUUUGGGAUCAGAAAAUAUUCAAGCAAAAAAUAUGUUCCUUAUGG